AAAGGUUGAGGAUCGGUUAAAAAAUAAAUAAAAUAAAAUUAAGUGCACUUCAAAUUAAAGAAAGUUUUUUUUUGAAUCGGCACAAAAGCAUAUGAAGUGAUAAAAAUAAGACAAUUUUAAGAAGUAAUGAAAAAGUAUAUUCAUCAAUGUUUUAAAUGAAAUUAACUCUCUCGGAUCAAUCAUAUCUUCCCCGCUACUCUCUCUAAUGCUCAACCAUUUCACAGUGUGAGACCUCUCAGGCUCCCAAUACUCUAUUUUCUUCUACUAUGGCUUCGUCGUUGUCACAGAUAGUGCCAUCGGCGGUCUUCCUAGCUUCGUCACGAGUCUCUUCCGGUCACCGGAGGUCAGUGUACUACCGUUCGUGUUGCUUUCGGGGCGUAAAUACUGGAGCUCGGACUCGUACUUCGGCGAUCUUGAGAGACAGAGAAGACAGAACCGAGGAUCAUCCUCUUCUUGAUGAUGGUUCAAUGGACACUGUUAAUGACAAUCAGGUUGUGGACUUGCCUCCAAAGUUGCUGGAGCGAGAUUUUUCUGACACACCUUAUGUUCCAGUAUAUGUGAUGCUACCACUGGGUGUCAUCAAUAUGGAAUGUGAGUUGGUUGAUCCAGAUGAUCUGAUAAACGAGAUGAGGAUCUUGAAGUCAGUUAAUGUUGAUGGUGUUAUGGUUGACUGCUGGUGGGGGAUAGUGGAGGCACAUGGUCCACAGCAAUAUAACUGGAGUGGCUACAAGAGGCUCUUUCAGAUUGUGCGUGACCUUAAGCUCAAGUUACAAGUUGUCAUGUCAUUUCAUGAAUGUGGAGGCAAUGUUGGUGAUGAUGUUUAUAUUCCACUACCUCAAUGGGUGAGAGAAAUUGGUCAAACCAAUCCUGACAUAUAUUUCACAGAUAGAGAAAGAAGGCAUAAUACUGAAUGCCUCACUUGGGGAAUUGACAAAGAACGGGUUUUAAGAGGCCGAACUGCUUCUGAGGUUUACUAUGACUACAUGAAAAGUUUUCGGGUUGAAUUUGAUGAGUUCUUUGAGGAUGGAGUGAUAUCUGAGAUUGAAAUUGGACUGGGUCCUUGUGGGGAGCUACGAUACCCUUCUUAUCCUGCAAUUCAUGGCUGGAAAUAUCCUGGUAUUGGUGAAUUCCAGUGUUAUGAUCAGUACUUGUUGAAGAGACUGAAGAAGGCCGCAGAAGCUAGGGGACACUCGCUUUGGGGUAGAGGACCACAUAAUGCUGGUUCUUACAAUUCCAGACCACAUGAAACCAGGUUCUUUUGCGAUGGAGGUGAUUAUGAUAGCUACUAUGGCAGGUUCUUCCUUAAAUGGUACUCUCAAGUUCUUGUUGAUCAUGGUGACCGGGUACUUGCUCUGGCAAAUUUGGCUUUUGAAGGUACUUGCAUUGCUGCAAAGCUAUCUGGUAUUCAUUGGUGGUACAAAACAGCCAGCCAUGCUGCUGAAUUGACUGCUGGGUUUUACAACCGAGGCCAUCGCGAUGGCUACGCUCCAAUUGCUGCAAUGUUAAAGAAGCAUGGGGCUGCUCUAAAUUUCACAUGUGUUGAGUUGCGCACGUUGGACCAACAUGAGGGCUUUCCAGAGGCACUGGCAGACCCUGAGGGACUAGUUUGGCAAGUGUUGAAUGCUGCAUGGGAUGUUAGCAUACCAGUUGCAAGUGAGAAUGCUCUUCCUUGCUAUGAUAGAGAAGCCUACAAUAAGAUACUGGAAAACGCCAAACCGCUCAAUGAUCCAGAUGGGAAGCAUUUAUCUACUUUUACCUACCUGAGGCUCGGCCCAGAUCUCAUGGACAGUCACAACUUAAUGGAGUUUGAACGAUUCGUCAAGAGAAUGCAUGGGGAAGCUGUGCCGGAUCUGCAAUUGGAACGAAAUGAAGACCAUACUUGAGCUUCAGCUGAUGGAACUGUUAGAAUUUAAUUCAAACUUGUCUUCUAUCUUGUAGUUUUUUUAAAAUAAAUACUAAUAAAUAAAAUAAAUAAAUAAAUUGGUUAGAAUAUGAUAAAUCUUCAACCAUAUCUAUACAAAGAAGUCAUGUGUAAUCUGAUUUCUAUGCAGCUAUCAUAUUGAUAAAAUAGCCUUGUUUUAUUUGUAAA